UAGCGCGACAGUCGCUGAGUGGCUCUCGUCAGAAUCAGACGUGUUCUCGCGUUGUCACGCAUAGUCAGUACGUUCUUUUGCGGUUGCGCGUUAGUUCUGGUGUGAGCAUACAAAAAAACAUUUUCUCGCAGAAGCUCAAUUCCGAGUUGUGUGGACAGAAGUGAAUGCUUUUUUCCUAUAUAUGCGAAUCAGCUGCUGCUACUGCUGGGUGUUUUUUUUCUGCCGUUGCUCUCGUUGUGUGGUGAAUGAAUCAUCUGAUCAAUUAAUGUACCGUUGUGAUGUGCGAAAAACGCAACCGGUUGUUGCUACUUCGUGAAAAAAUCAUGCUCGAUUAAUACGGAACAACUCUUGUAAGUGUUAUGUAACGUGACAAACAAGUGCAAUUACAUUCAUGCUAGCCACGUGCCUGAUUGAAUCAUCUCCGAUAUCACUCAAAUUCGUUCGAUGAAAUGCAAAACAGAAAACAUCGUCAUCAUGAACCGCAUAAUUAGCUGACGUGAGGACCAACAGCUUUAGUUGAAAAUUGAUCGAGCAUACGAGAUCGAGAAGCCAGUACUAUCACAUCAUGAUCAGCGUCAUCUUACCAAGAACUAACGAAACAACAGACGGCUCUCGGAUCGGGACAACGUUUCUACGUUUGAAUAACCGUAAUUUAUCGCAUUUUUGCACCCGCAGCAUAAAACUGGUUUAUCGGAUGGUCCGCGGACUGUAGGAAGCAGCGCGUUAAUACACGACCUCUGCUGAAACUAUUACGGAUGGUUUUGUUGCGCAAAAUAGAAAGGAAUUUGUAGUGGUUGGCGUCAAAGUUCGAGCUUCUAGUUAGUCUGUUUCAACGGACAUAAACUUCCAUUGAAAAAUACCAACUUCUGUAUAGCACAAGUACACAAACAAUCGGAACUGAAUAAAUUACCCGAAGUGGUGUUCAAAUCGCGUCAAAAUAAUAGCACUCAGGACUGACUCAUCAAAACAUGCGCUACCCAACGUCACAUUCUAACGCCUGCCGAAAGUGAAACAGUUCAACGUCCAACAAUACCGGUGAUUAUGCCCAUCUGGCCUCGAGUGGCGGUCAGCGAAUCGAAACUGCGAUAUAGACUUUAGCUCGGCUACUCUGGCACGCGUUCGCCGUCAGUCUUCAUGAGUGUGGCUUCCAGAAGUGCUUGUCCAUCGCCGCGAAGUUUCAGUGCAGAUAGGGCGAUCUCGUAGACAGUGAUACGGCAGAAUCGUUAUUGAGUUCUUGUUACGAAAAAAAAAUAUUGAAUCCCGCAGCCAGAAUGCCUCCUACUGAGCCAACCGUGCCUCUGACGGAAAGCCAUCGCGGAAAAAGGCCUAGUGUGGUGUUUUCCAGCAGUGUAAUAAACGGGAAAGGGCAUCAUAAUGGUUUUGACGCAUACGAAGACUUUCGGAAGCCACCGUCCGCUGUGGAAAUGGAAAGUGACAUGCAAACUUCCGGCAACGUGGACCAACAGAAACUCGGUUUCCUCGCACGAUUGUCCUACAACGUUUCCAUCGCCAUCGGACAGGUUUUCUACAGGCUAGGACGGAACAUCGCGAAAAAUCCAUGGCAAACUAUUCUGGUUAGUUGGAUCAUCGUGGCCUGCUGUAGUCUUGGUUUUCUACGGUUCCACAAUGAAAAGAGCCCGAUGAAGCUAUGGAUUCCACAAAAUUCACAGUUCUUGUAUGACACGAACUGGUUGAUUGACCAUUUCAAGGAAGGCAAUCGAAUUGAAACGGUAAUGAUAACAGCCCCGGACGUGCUGACACCUGAAAUUCUGUUGCAGCUAGUAACUAUCACUGAGGAAGUCGUCGCACAGAAAGCAUUCGACAGUAAGGGUAAAGCAUUUACCUGGAACGAUGUUUGUUUCAACGUUCCCUUGAUAGCUGAAUAUACUGCUAAUAGCCGUCGCAAACGAGAUUCGGCCAUCGCUACCGACACCAGCAGAACUAGUACCGGGCACUCGAAGAAACCGAAGCCUUUCUUCAAUCCCAGUGUUGAUUUGCCAUCCUUCAUGUACUGUCCAAUGAUCGAGAGGUUACCGGUCGGUUGUAUGGAAUUUAGUAUUUUAGAAUUAUGGAAGUUUGAUCGGGAGGUGAUUGCUCAGUUGACAAAGGAGCAAAUUGUAGAUAAACUCAACAAAACUAAAAUAAGUCCCGUCACGGGACACACCGUAGAUUAUUCGGAGCUUUUGGGUGGCAUCGAGCGGGACUGGAGUGGCCACAUAGUUACGGCAACCUCACUUCAGUCCAACUGGAUGGUUCACGUUAACUACACCGAGGUGGAUCACGACAUUAGCGGCAAUAUGGCCGGUACAGAAGAUUGGGUUACCGAGACAGCGUUAGCCUGGGAGGCUGCCUUUUUGUCUAAGAUGGAAAGUAUCCAGAAAAAUUAUACCCAUGGAGAUAUUGAGUUGUUCUACGCGGCUGGUCGCAGUUAUGGAGAUAUUAGCGCUGAUUCUAUGUUCAAAGAUAUGGAUAAACUAAUUUUCGGAGGCAUCAUUAUGUUUAUCUAUAUGCAACUAGUGCUGUCCAGAUUUAGCUGUACAGAAUUUAGGAUAAUGUUGGGUUCUAUCGGUUUGCUAAGCAUUGGCAUGGGAUUCGUGGCCGGAUGCGGUAUCGUUGCUGCUUUAGGUGUGUCAUACGGACCAGUUCACACAUGCCUUCCGUUCUUGUUGAUGGGACUCGGUGUAGACGAUAUGUUUGUUAUGAUGGCCUGUUACCGGAAGAUACGCGAAACUCAUUCUCAUCUGCCACUACCGGAACGGAUGGGUCUAAUGUUGAAGCAUGCUGGAGCAUCCAUCACGGUAACGUCCCUCACCGACAUCGUAGCGUUCGCGGUAGGCUCUAUAACAGUGUUGCCAUCACUACAGUCCUUCUGCAUCUACGCGGCGGCCGGAGUGCUUAUGAUGUACUUCUUCGUAAUCACCUUCCAUGUUGCCAUUUUUACCUUGGACGAACAGCGCAUAGCAGCAAGGAGAAAUUCGUUUGCUCCGUGGAUAAUCCAUGAUGAAAAAUCGACAAAACUGUGGUGUCAGUAUAAUCUUAUGCAUCGCUUUGUUAACGCCGUCUAUUCUAAAGGCAUCCUGACGAAACCUGGAAAAACUUUCGUCAUUUUAACCGCCAUAGUCAUGACUGGACUAAACAUUCAAAGUUUACUGAAUCUUCGCCAGAAAUUUGAUCCAAACUGGUUUAUUCCCGAGGAUACGUAUUUCAACCAGUUCCUUGUCAAAAGUAGAGAACAAUAUCCAAACAUGGGCUUCGAGGCGAUGCUACUGUUCGGCGACUACAAUUACACCGCUCAUCUCAAGGAUUUACUCCAGAUUACCAGUGAAUUGGAAAACCGUACCGAUAUUCUGCAUAGUGUCAAUUCGUGGGUUGUACCGUUUCAAGACUUUGUUCACACAUAUUAUGAUAAAGAUAUCGGAGAAGUGGUGCUCAGCGAUAAAAACUUCCGAGAUUACCUGUCAAAAUUUCUCUUCAGCCAUGACGGCGGUCGCUAUCAAAUCAACUUUAAGUUCGAUGCUAAGCUAAAGUGUGGAUCUCCUGUACCGAACAUCACAGUCAGUACAAUCGAAUUUAAGUUCCGUCCAUUCAAAGAACGCGAAGAGUAUCUUCCGGCAAAACAUGCGGUGGAAAAUUUACUCGCCAGUAGUGAAAUGUCCACUGGUACCCAGUUCAAUACUCUCUGGGCAAAGAUCUUCGGUAACUGGGUUACCGACGAAAUCAUAGAUACAGAAAUCUAUCGGAACAUUGCCAUCGCUAUGAUUGGUGUGAUGGUAUGUUCGAUCGUACUCAUCGUCAAUCCACAGAUCUGUUUCUGGAUUUUUAUCUGUGUAGUUCUGACUCUUGUAAAUGUCGGUGGAUUUAUGGAACGCUGGGGACUAACGUUGGAUCUGGUAUCCUGUAUCGCCUUGCAGCUCGCCGUCGGGUUGUGUGUGGAUUACGCUGCUCAUAUUGGGCACACAUUCCUUACGAUAAGCCAUAGGGACCGCAAUCGACGGGUGUUGGAUACUGUACUGCAUAUCGGUGCUGCCGUUUUAUACGGAGGAGGCUCCACAAUUCUUGCCUUGAGCGUUCUGUCUGGCUCUCAAGCGUAUACUUAUCGGACAUUUUUCAAAAUAUUCCUUCUCGUAAUCUUCCUUGGUCUAUUCCACGGGUUGGUGCUAUUGCCAGUGAUUCUCAGUAUCGUAGGUCCACCCCCAUACAAUGGGUUCCUGGACGAACCCAGCAAAUUCCCCAGUGAGCACGGAAAAGAAAUGCUAUCCUUCACAGACAGUCAAAAGCACAAUCGAACGAACGGAAAACUCGCUCAAAGCGAGGAGGAAAAACAGCCUAUCAAGGAAGCAGGUGUAUCUUAACUUUUUUGUUGUCGUUUUCCAAAAUAGCUACCCAUGACGAAAACUUAUGACACGCACCAGACACGCAUGAUACAUGCAAAGUACCGCACAAUUAGAAAUUUACGCACUAACAAUUUUUAUGCUGUAUUGGUGGGCAAUACAACAUACGGGCCACGCGAAGCCAUUGUGAUUCUAAUCAAAAUGCAAUAGUAUUAAGUAAUUUUUGGAGAAGUCAUUAUAUGUAUUAGGUCAACUAGAAUAAAAAAAUAAAUGAUGAAAAAUUAA